AUGCCCCGUCUUCGCUCGAAGAAACGAAAGACCGCGCCUUCACAAGAGCGAGAUGAUAGCCCUGCUUCGCCAGCUCCCCCGUCGGAAGCUUCCAAUAACAAUCCACAGCCGUCUUCCACGGCAGCAUCUGCCACUAGCGACAGCAACAGCAAAAACAUGAAGGGUUUUGUGUUGCAAUGCUCCAAUGGAACGUUGGACAUCAAUGAGGACCAAGCAGAAACUUUGAGAUCUCGAUCAGAUUUCUUCCGUCACGCCUUUUCACACAACAUGCAGGAAGCCAAAACUCUUGUCUUAUCCAAGCCGGACUGGACUAAAGAGACAGCACAAACUAUUGUGGAAUUGUUGUGUCAAGGUCAUGCACAAGUGCCUGAGGAUUAUGAAGCCUUUCGCGCUGCUGCCGAUCAGAUUUUGCUGCCCUGCCACAUUCCCCACCCGGUCUACUCGAAGCACUUGGAGAUCCCCAAGUCUGCUGGUGAUGAUGGCGAUGAUGAUGACCCAGUAAAACUGAUAGAAUGGGUUUUAGAAACGAAGCGACAGUGCCAAAACCAGUUCAAAUUUCUCAGUUUAGACAUGACGGGUACUAAUACAAGCAGCCACAGAAGAUUCAUCGACGACGACGACGACGACGCAUUUGUAUUGGUAGGAGAUAUCAUUGAAGCACAGCGGAACAAUCAGAACAACAACAACAACAACAACAAUCGCGGGAACAACCAAAACAACAAUGAAGAUGAUGACGAAAACGAUCUUUUUGCCGAAAGUGACGAUGACGAGGACGAGAAUGAACAAGAACGAGUGGAGGAGGAUGAGGAUGAAAAUCAAGGUCGUCGUCCCAAUAAUCGUCCGCAACAGGACAGAGCGGCAGUCAACAGGAACAAUAGUACUGGCAGGAAUUCGACUGCCAAUGUGUCUCCAGAUCUGUGGAAGCAAUUCCUCACGCAGGGGCUGCUCAUGGUGGACUCUUCCAAGGGAUUCUCCAUAAAACUGGGUGAAAAGGAACAACAAAGCGCUGACAGCCUCCGCUGGUCUUACGGUGAGACCACACAGAACUAUAGCGUUCACUACCAGAUUCCACUCUACGCAGCAAUCACCCACAUCACCACUGCACUGCGAAAUGUGCGAGACUAUGUCGAUGAUAGCGAUGACGAAGACGAUGACGUUUUUGCACCGAGUAGGGGAAGAUAUCGCAUGUGCUUUCAACUUUGGUGCGGCUUCUAUCACAACUGUCUCGAGUUGACUGAUGAGCUGGAAGCUUCGUGGGAAGCGGACUUUAACCCAGGGGGUCUCUCUGAUGAUACGACAACUCGAGGAUCUCUGCACGACCUGGCGUCCAUCUUGGUGCAAUGCGAAGAUUACAUAGUCCCGAAUCGAAACGUAAAGAAGAUUGCUCUGUUCUUCCACAAACCAAAUUGGCGAACUCUGGGUAGGUUGAUACAUGCCACGCAACAAUGCAAAGACAACCCAGGGACUCUCCUGUGGGAUGCUGAAGCGAAUGACUUUUUAACCAUGAAAACCUUGAACGAUACAAAGACGAUUUUAGAAUUUCUAACAAAGGAGACGAGCCCAUUGGCGUGCAAGGGGGACUUUCAGUUGACAGAAAUACGUGGUCGAGGAGCGACGAAGGGCAAUGAGUGGAAGGUGCGAUAA